CCUGAGCCCUGCUCUGCGGCUGCCCGCGGCCCUGCCUCUGCGAGGGAGCCGCGCCGAGGCGGCGGAGGGGAAAGCAGACAGAUGCUUGUGAAUGCCCCAUGGCUGCAGCUGCCUCAGUUUAUUUAUUUAUUGCCUGUUGUAACUUGGAAGCAUUCUUUAGGUCAGUUCAUCUGGGACCAGUCCCUGCCUUCUGGUUAAGGAAUCCAUGCACACAUUCAGGAUGACUCAACAGUGGGAUGUAUGCUUGGAUACCAGGAGGGUGCUGGUAACUUGACAGGAACUUCCAGAUUUUUUUGGAGAGACCUAUUGCAUGUGAGACCUUUCAGACAACUGCAGUUUGAAUACAUUGGGUCAUUCCAAUACCUGAAGCUUUCAUGAUGAAGAGAGCUAAGCAGAGAGGUGUGGUUGACAGUGAAGCUCCUCAAACAUCACAGAAAAGCAAAAAGCAGAAAACUUCUUCCUAUGGCUCAGUGUUUGGUGAAUGUGACUUGCACUCCUCAAUGGACUGGGGAAACCUUCCACACCACGUUAUUCUACGUGUUUUCCAGUUUCUGCCUUUAGUCGAUCGAGCGAGGGCAUCUUCUGUUUGUCGAAGGUGGAAUGAAGUUUUUCACAUCCCAGAUCUCUGGAGAAGAUUUGAAUUUGAACUUAGCCAGCCAGCUACUUCUUACUUAAAGUCUACACACCCUGAUCUCAUUCAGCAGAUUAUCAAGAGGCAUGCUGAUCAUCUGCAGUACGUCAGCUUCAAGGUUGAUAGUAGUACUGAGUCAGCAGAAGCAGCCUGCAAUAUCCUUUCUCAGUUGGUAAACUGUUCUAUCAAGACACUGGGUUUGAUUUCUACAGCAAAACCGAGCUUCAUGAAUGUCUCUAAGGCUCAUUUUGCUUCAGCACUGACAGUGGUUUUUGUAAACUCCAAGUCAUUAUCCUCAAUCAAGAUAGAUGAUACACCACUUGAUGAUCCUUCUUUGAAGGUUCUUGUUGCUAACAAUAGUGAUACUCUAAAGCUGCUAAAGAUGAGCAGUUGUCCUCAUGUAUCACCUGCUGGAAUUCUCUGUGUUGCUGACCAGUGUCAUGGACUUAAGGAGCUGGCUUUGAACUACUACAUAUUAAGUGACGAACUGCUGCUGGCUCUGUCAAGUGAAAAGCAUGUUGACCUUGAACACCUUCGCAUAGAUGUUGUGAGUGAAAAUCCCGGCCAAGUUGAAUUUCACACUAUUAAAAAGCAAAGCUGGGAUGCUCUUGUUAAACACUCCCCCAAAGUCAACAUUGUGAUGUAUUUCUUCUUAUAUGAAGAGGAAUGUGAUGCUUUCUUCAGAGAGGAAACCCCUGUUACACACCUUUACUUUGGUCGUGCAGUAAGCAAAGCGAUGUUAGGUCGCAUUGGCAUGAAUUGCCCAAGGCUGAUUGAGCUGGUUGUGUGUGCUAAUGGACUCCAGCCUUUGGAUGAUGAACUUAUCCGGAUUGCUGAGCGCUGUAAGAACCUAACAGCAAUGGGACUUGGUGAAUGUGAAGUGACUUGCAGAGGUUUUAUUGAAUUUGUGAAGAUGUGUGGGGGCAGGCUUACCCAGCUCUCUAUAAUGGAGGAGGUACUGAUUCCAGAUAACGAUUAUAGCUUAGAUCGACUCCAUUUGGAAGUCUCCAAACACUUGGGAAGACUCUGGUUUCCUGAUAUGAUGCCAACAUGGUGAAUUCUUUAUAUCUGUGGACAAAAGGGUAGAAUCAGGGUGUUGCUUUCUAUGCAAAUAAAGAAUUUAAAAAUGAAACAUGGAAACUUACUUCCAGGUUUGAGUUUUUCUACCUUGAGAGCCUCCUAGUAGUGUCACAGCAAAACAUUCUGGAGUGUUAAUGGUAUGUUGAAAUAGAAUCAGUGUACUUAACACUGCUGGAAGUGUCUGUGGUUUACAGGUGCUUCAAACCUCAGUGAAUUGGGCUUCUCUGAGCUUCAUUUUAAGUGUUCCAUCCACAUUAAAGGUUGGGAAGUUUCAUGUUUUUGUUUAAUCUUUCUGAUGUAGUCAGAACAGGACUAGGGAAAUUUUUUUCAUUAGUAAACCUAUGUUUAUGGCAAGCUGGAUACAGCUUGGAAUUCAGUAAUUUGAUGUUUUAUGCAGCUUUCUUCUAACUAUUAAUGUUUAUAAAUGUAAAAGCUUUGUACAUUAAAAUACACUAGCCCAGAUGACUCAGAUAUAGUCUGAUUUCAACUCAUGCUAGUGUGUUGAAAUGUUGUGGUAAAUAAGCUUAUGCUUACAAAGAACCUUUCCACUUUUAAAUUGCACUUUAAUUUUGUCAGACUGCAUUGUAGAGACUGUGUUCACUGUUUUGUUUUGCUGUCUUAUGCAUUGAAUGAGUGGGAAAGAGCCCUUGUUAAAAUGAAUGAAUCUAAAGUUUGGGUUUAGAUUGGUUGUUGGGUGAAUGACAAAGCACUUUGGAAACUGCCAGAGUAUAAGGAACAGCCUCUGGAUUUGGGGGAGCUCAAAUCUUUGGUUAGAGAGAUUGUCUGUAUGCUUUCAUUGUUAAAAGAUAAAAAGGAUCUCAUAAAUGUGACUAGUUAGGAAGAAGAAUCAAAUGGAAUGCAGUUAUCUGAGCACUUUCUGUCUGGAAUUAAGGAUUUAGAGCAUUUAAAAAGUAAACUACUUGCCAGUUAGAGGCUGUGGCCUGCAGAAAUCUUGCCUGUGGCUCAUAGAGCUGUGCUGUAAGCCCUGAUUUCUAGAGUAGGGGUUGCUGGAGGUGAUCCACGAGUUUUUAAUUCAGGACUGUUUAAUACUUGUUGUGGUUAAUUGUUUUUUGAGGAAGAUUAUAUUUCUCUAUUUUCUUUCAAGGGGAAAGGAAUGGUGAAUUGAUGUGAAUUCAGAGUGUGUAUUUUUGUGUUGACAUUUUACAUGCUGUAAACUGAACUGCAUUGUAUAUAAUUUUUGCUGUAAUUAUUUUCAUGCUGUAGCUGUUCUAUCUUCCUAUUUAUAAGGAGAAGCCUGCAUCUGAUUUGCUGGUGGUAUUUGUCACUGUUGUGGUUUAACCCUGGUUAGCAAGAAAGCCUCGUGUAGUCACUCCCUCACUACUCUCCAUUGGGAUGGGGCAGAGAAUCAGAAGAGUAAAAAUGGGAAAACUCGAGAUAAAAACAGUUUAACAGAUAAAGCAAAGGCCUUGCACACAAGCAAAGCAAAACAGGGUAUUCAUUCACCACUUCCGCUGGGCAGGCAGGUGUUUAGCCAUCUCCAGUGCAACAGUGCUCCAGCAUGUGUCACACUGACUUGGGAAGAUAAAUGCCAUCACUCCCAACGUUCUCUCCUUUCCUUCCUUCUUCCUCAGCUUUAUAUGCUGAGCAUGGUGUCCCAUGAUAUGGGAUAUGCCUGGGAUCAGCUGUUCCAGCUGUGUCCCCUCCCCAGUCUCCUUGCUGGUGAGGUGAUGAGCAGAAGAGGCUUUUACUCUGUGUAAGUGCUGCUCAGUGACAGAAACAUCCCUGGGUUAUUAAAUCAGCAGUUCCCAGCACAGGUCCAAACCAUUGUCCCAUACAAGCUCCUGUGAAGGAAAGUAGUCCAUCAUGAAGGAAGUGUCCAGACAAACCCAGCCCAUUCAGAUCAGACUAAAUGUUGGUUUCUUCCAAGCUUUACACUGCAAAAGCAACAUCUGAAAGGUUAAGCCACCACUGUCCUGGACAGAUUUGUUCCCACUUGCAAGCUGAAGGCUUUCAGAUGACAUACAGUGUCUGUCUGAGUCAGUAAUGUGUUACUGCUUGUUGUGCAGUGGAGAAGCGUCUGACUCUGGUUAUUGGCGGCUGUUACCCAAGUUCUUGCUUCCAUAAUCAAAGGGAUUGAAAGAUUCGGAAUGCUUCUAAACAGUAUUUGGUUUAAGAUGUGUGGUUUGCUUUAAAUGUAAACAUAAUAAAGUGAUCUAAUACAUGCACUGACA